AUGUCACAACACAACCAGCCUUCAACAGAACGGCUCUAUCAUGACCUUCUCUCGGAUGAAUCGUUUUUUAUUCAUUAUUUUCUUUCAGAAUUCGUGGAACCCAAAGAACUGCUUGGUGUGUGGUGUUUAACCAAUUCGAAAUGGAGACGUGACAUUCUUCAUUCCGAGCAUUUGUGGGCCCGAAAAUUUCAACAACGAUUUUACACCUUGUAUGAUCUCAUUCAACGUUGGAAGGUUAUGGAAUAUUAUAAACCUUCUCAAUUUCAAAUGCUGGAAGUUCUAAGUAGAGAAUUGACAAGAAAAAACGUUCACCAUUCAUUUCAAAAUAAUAAUGAAUCGAAAUGGGCACAAGAAAUGCUUUUACAAGAUUCGGGUAGUUUGCUGAAGAUGGAACUUGGAACCCUUAGAUCCAAAUACGAACAUGUGCAAUUGGUGUCUUACAUGUAUUGUCAUUUUGCAUUUUACUCUGAAAAUUACUGUGGUGUUCGUAGUGAACCGAAAUCAAAACGAAUGGAUACGAAAAACUUGUCCUUGAAUUUUAUUUAUUUUCGAUAUUUUACGUUUUUGGCUUUUGGAAUAUUUAGUUGGCCAACCAUUAGUGUAAAGUUUAAGGAUUUGUACAUGCAACUCUUGUACAAAAUAAUGUCGAGAUUUAGUUGUCCAUUACUAUUACUCUAUUUAGAGACCAAUUUAGAACAAGAAUGUCAACAAUUGUUAACAGAGUUAGGUAUCCUUCCACCAAAAUCUCUUUCCGACACGAACGGCCACUCUAAAGAACACAUUCUCAAAACAAUUCUUUUCAAUGAGAAUUAUUUAUCUCAAUUAAUUUUAAGAAUGGAACUCAAAGCACAUGAUCCCUAUGGGGAACACCAAUACGCGACUUCUCUCGAGUUACCUCUUCGCUAUCCUCUCGGAAGUAUCAUUCAAGAAAUGAGCUCUGAUUUACAAAUGACGAUUAUUCAAGAAAACCAAGGUUCCAUAUCUUCUCCUCUCAACAAACCCUCGAGUUAUUAUCAAGUAAGGCUUUUGGGAACUACAACGAGUAACGUGAUCACGAGGAUUGGUGAAUCUUCGAAACGUUAUUUUUUACAGCGACUGAAGCGCAUCGUGUCGAAUUUGGCGCGAAAAUCGCAACAACUCGCUACUGCCACGGACACAAUGAUUCAGAAUGGAAUUGUUGAGUUUGGUUCGAAUUUGUUAUUGUGCAAGCAUUUGGAUGAAUUUCCCUCGAGGUUAGAAAUUUCUCAAUUAUUGGAUGGUUCCAAUGAUCAAGAAAGCGAAAUAUUAAUGUAUUCAAACAGGGUCUCGUUCACAGGGUUCGAGAGAGAGUAUGGAAAAGCAUGGGAUAAAUGGGAACGAUAUGGAUUUCACAUGAAAAGAAGUACGCGUAAACAACGCUAUUCACAAGAAACAUUCAAAAGUAACGAGUCAGCAAGAGACUUGAAGACUUGCAUCGAACGGUGUACAUGUCGAUAUCUGAAAUUAAUCUUGUUGUCAGAGCCAUUCUAUCAAAAUUUGUUCGAUCAUGGGGCGAAAGAAUUAGGAAUCGAGAUCGAUUACGACCAGUGUAAAUUGAUGUUCUUUGGGGUAGCGUUAAUGAUGUUGCCGUAUUUGAGUGAAAUUGUAGAAUUUCGAUUAUUGGAAUGCAUGUCUGCCAAUACACGUAUGUUCAGUCUGAUACAAGAGGAGCAUGUAAUUAAGGCAAGACAACAGCUCAAUGAGUCCAUGCAAAAGAUGAGUCACCAUAUGGGUUUCCUGGUUCAUUUAAAAUUUUAA